UUCUGGGAACGCGACAAAGAAUACAUUUUCUCUGCUCGGAACUUCCUUGACACGACGUUUCUUUCAAUUUAGUUAAGCAACCGCGUAAACUUGAGAAAAUCGGGAGAAAAUCCUUCAUUCAAGCGAGUUUCGGCUAUUUCUUUUUAACCCGAAGAGUCCGUAUCUUUCAAGAGAAGCUCGCACGUCACGCUAUCUCCUCAAGGACAUCCGCUUACGACUGAUCCGGAAAAUCACGCCUUACGCUUUGUAACAUCGUCCGGUGCAAAUCCGAUCGUAACAGGUGACAGUCGUGCUAAGUGUUUCUCUUGAUUUUUCAACUACUUCUACACCUCGUUCACAUUUUUGUAUAAUGGGUUCAGUUUCCAGUGUAAAGAAAGCCACGAUGCCAGCAACAAGGGAACUGAUCGAUCAAUUAAUUGCUUCGGAUACCGUAGUCAUAUUUUCCAAGACCCAUUGUCCUUACUGCAAAAUGGCCAAGGAAAUUUUUGGUAAGAUAAACAAAAAGUUUACGGCUAUCGAGUUGGAUGAAAGAGACGACGGAGACGAGAUCCAAAAUAUUCUUGGAGAAAUGACCGGAGCACGAACUGUUCCUAGAGUUUUCGUUAAAGGAAUUUGCUUAGGUGGCGGAUCCGACGUUAAAAGUUUGUACAAUAGUGGUGAACUAGAAAAAAAGUUUUAAAAAAACUGUUGCAUGUAAUCGAAUGCAUUCGUUACUUUUACAUGGGUAAAAAAAGUAUGUACAAAUUUUCUUUGCUUAUCAAACGAAUGGUUCAAGGUACUACCGAUUAUAUAAAAUGUGGCGGUACGUAUAGAAAUUAAAACUUCAAUCCCAAUUAUAAUACAUCGACGUCAUUAGCAACUCCGUUCUGUAAGAAUUUUAAAUUUUAUCUCUAAGAUAACGAUAUGAAUUUAAAUAAAUCCUUAAAAUCAUAA